AUGACCGACUACUACGACAACUGGUACUUCGCGACCAACAAGACCAAAAACACAUGCCCAACUAACCCCUUCACAUGUGUCGCCCCAAAUGCAUGCGCCCGUGAUCCCAACACGGGCCGCAGCUACUGCUGCGACGCCGGGUCUACCGCCGUGUGUUGGACCGGCUCGACAACGUGCCAGGGCGACGGCUCGACCAUGGCCUGCGGCUCGGGCACGACCAGCUGGUGCUGCCUGGCCAACGGCAAGGAAAAGUGCACCGAAACGAAAAACCAAAUUAACAUUUGCUGGAGCACCGGAUACGACACGCUGCGGAAUAUCAGCGUCGCCUCCCUCGAGGCCGUUUACUCGUCUCUGGCGUCAAAAAACCCUGAUGCCAGCUCUUUGAUGUUCACACCGACAGAGAUCAUCGCCUCCACCAGGACACCGGCCACAACUACCACCUCGACUUCAGCCUCAACAACGACGACCAGCUCAGGAGCUUCUUCAGUGACGUCCGGCACGGAUAGUCCUCCAGCCGCCACCAACGCAGCAGGGGCAGCAGAGGGCGGCGGGUCUGGCAAUUCCAACUCGGGCUCGUCCUCACCUGCUCUUGGGCCGGGUGCCAUAGCAGGCGUUGUAGUCGGUCUUGUUGCGGCCCUGGCCAUCAUCGGUCUGGUCGGUUUCCUCAUUUGGAGGCGCAUUAAGAGAAAAGAAGCCGACAACGUGGCGGCCGCCAAUGCGCAGUCGCCGGGGACGAGCGAGCUGCCAGGCCACAACGGCCUACCGUUUUCACCCCGCAGCGACGCAUCUGAGCUGCCAAUUGGAUACUCGCACAUAGCUGCGCACGGAGGCGGGCCGCACGACAACAAGAUGUACCAAGACGGCGAGAACAAUCGUGAAUAUUACAAGGUCCCAGGCACUUCACCGUCCGAGAUGCCCACGCCGUACUAUGACAAUACGCCUGCUGAGAUGCCGACAUCGUACAACACGACGAGCGAGCUGCCGGCACAAGAGUAUCAUAGAGGCGGCGACGAUGAACACACGCCCUUUACUUCGAACACGAGGCGUUAG